AUGUCGUCAAGAACAACCCUCCGUUUCGUAGAUCCAGAAGAAGCUUUCAAGAGCGUCAAACCCGGAGAAACCUUCUCAAGUUAUUUCGCUCACAAAUACGUAAAAGGACUAAUCUCGGCCGAUUAUUCCACCAUCUUGGAUCUUCUGAAGAAAGAACGUUCUACUAACACACUCCUUAACGACGAAAUGACACAAGCUGAAGCAGUAUACGAAAAAUCAGUAAAAACCGAACUUCCAAAGGAAUGUCAUAUCGCCAUCAUUGCCUACACCUCAAAUUCAAAUCUUUAUAAAGAUUUUAAUGAAAGAUGCAGAAAAAUGGAUAGUGAUAAGUCAUGGGAGAAGUUUCCCUACAAAAGCCUCUAUGCUUUGUUAGCUCGUUCGAUCCACGACAUUGAUAACGUUCCUCCUGUGACAACAGAAAUAUAUUAUCGCGGAAUGAAGCAAAAGGUGAGAAGUCUGAAAAUGGGUCAGCACAUUUUUUCGAAACAGUUUAUGUCGUGCACACCUAAGAAAGCCGUGGCUGAUAAUUUUCUCGGACCUAAGGGAACUCUAUUAAUUUAUCAAGGAAGUCCCAGGGCUGCUUGCGGUAUUAAGAACUUGUCGAUGUUUCCGGAGGAGGAAGAACUGUUGGUUUUUCCGUGGAAUGUUUUCGAAGUGACGAAUAUCGUUCCGGGUAAACAAGACGAAGUUUAUUUGAAGACCGUCGAGUCUUUUGAAAUGGAUCUUCCAUAUUGUGGAAAUUAUAAGAGUAAAGGGGUUGCUGUCAGUAAUAAUUAA